CCAAAAUAAAGUUUUGGUUUCUCAUCCCCACUAUUAUCGUGUGGCCGCCCCUUCCACCUGCCAUACAGAAAUGAUUUGAUACCAAGUCAAAAAUCACGCGGGAGACGCGGGGAUGAUAAUGGUGAGGGAUCCAAAGUUAUAACUCUGCACUCUGCACUCUGCACUGUAUUUCUUGUGGCAUGUGCUAUAUUUAAGACAACAGUAAAGGUAGUGGAUCUCCAUUCAUAACUUCCGUACCUCCUUUUCAGGCGCACAAAAGAAAUGCUCGCUUUUGUAAAUAAAUAACAAACUGGGAAUACAGGCCUGCUUUCCUCUUGGACCAAAGCCAUGGAGUUUAGAUGGAAGUUGUUGCAGUUGAUGACUGUGCUAUGCCUUGCAUUUGCAUGGGCAGGAGCAGAGUAUGUCCGAUACAAAGAUCCAUCACAGCCAGUGAGUGCUCGGGUCGAGGAUUUGCUGAGGCGAAUGACACUAAAAGAGAAGAUCGGGCAAAUGACCCAAAUUGAACGACAGGUCUCUUCUGCGGAUGUUAUCAAAAAAUAUUACAUUGGGAGUGUAAUGAAUGGCGGAGGAAGUGUGCCCGCAACUGAGGCAAGCCCUGCAAUAUGGGUCGGCAUGGUGAAUGAGUUUCAGAAGGGUGCCAUGUCUACGCGGCUUCAGAUCCCAAUAAUCUAUGGUAUCGAUGCUGUUCAUGGCCACAACAAUGUGUAUGGGGCAACCAUCUUUCCUCACAACAUUGGCCUUGGAGCUACUAGGGAUCUUGAUCUUGUAAGAAGAAUUGGUGCUGCUACAGCUCUUGAAAUUCGAGCUACUGGAAUUCAAUAUACAUUUGCACCAUGUAUUGCUGUUUGCAGAGAUCCUAGAUGGGGACGGUGCUAUGAGAGCUACAGUGAGGAUCCAAACAUUGUGAAAGCCAUGACAGAAUUCAUUUUUGGUCUGCAGGGGCACCUUCCUCCAAAUGCUACAAAGGGGUUUCCCUUUGUAGCAGGGCAGUCAAAUGUUGCAGCAUGUGCCAAACACUAUGUGGGUGAUGGAGGCACUACCAAAGGAAUCAAUGGGAACAACAGUAGAAUCAGUUAUAAAGGAUUACGCAAUAUCCACAUGAAACCCUAUUUCGAUGCUAUUGCAAAAGGGGUUUCCACGAUCAUGGUUUCCUAUUCUAGUUGGAAUGGGGUGAAGAUGCAUGCUAACCGUAUGCUUAUCUCUGGUGUCCUCAAGAAGCAACUUGGUUUCAAGGGAUUUGUUAUUUCUGAUUAUGAAGGUAUUGAUAUGAUAACUGAUCCCCCUGAUGCUAAUUAUACGUUUUCAGUCUUCAAAGGCGUGGAUGCUGGAAUUGACAUGGUGAUGGUUCCCUUCAAUUACACAGGUUUUAUUAAUGAGCUGACUUCCUUAGUUAAGGGAGGUUUUAUACAUAUGAAGAGAAUAGAUGAUGCAGUGAGGAGAAUUCUGAGGGUGAAAUUCAUCAUGGGCCUUUUUGAGCAUCCUAUGGCAGGUUUGAACCUAGUCAAACAGCUUGGUAGCAAGGAGCAUAGAGAUUUGGCAAGAGAAGCUGUGAGAAAGUCUCUAGUGUUGUUACAAAAUGGAAAGGAAGGGGGCCAAGAUCCUCUACUCCCUUUAGAUAAAAGUGCUUCUAAAAUUCUUGUUGCCGGAAGUCAUGCUGAUAAUCUAGGUUAUCAAUGUGGUGGAUGGACAAUUUCAUGGCAAGGUUCAAGUGGAAACACAACAAUAGGCACUACAAUUCUCAAAGCAAUCAAAUCCGUUGUUAGUUCUUCUACUAAAGUUGUUCAUAAGAUAAAUCCAAGUGCAAACUAUGUCAAAAGAAAAGGGUUCUCAUAUGGUAUUGUGGUAGUGGGUGAACAACCUUAUGCUGAAACAGGAGGGGAUAAUACAAAUUUAACUAUUCCAUUAAAUGGGGGAAAAACAAUCAACAAUGUUUGUACUUCUUUGAAAUGCGUAGUAAUAUUGAUAUCUGGAAGGCCACUUGUUAUCACACCAUAUAUUCCUGUGAUGGAUGCCUUUGUUGCGGCAUGGCUUCCUGGAACUGAAGGGAAAGGUGUGACUGAUAUGAUUUUUGGAGAUUACAAUUUUCAAGGAAAGCUUUCAAGAACAUGGAUGAAGAAUGUCGAUCAAUUGCCCAUGAAUAUAGGGGAUCGUCACUAUGAUCCUCUAUUUCCAUUCGGUUUUGGAUUGACCAUGACAGUUAAAACUACAAGGUAAUGGCUUGGGCUUCCCUCAUUUUAUGUUAAAGAAUUGUUGUAAUAAGGUCUACCAAGUGGUGGAUGACGUCUAGUCUUUCAAUGACAAAUAAAUAUCCAUAAUGUUAUACGUUUUUUAUUAGAUUGCAUAUAAAAAAUAAAUAAAAACAAUUGUUUUUUGGUUUU